GUUUCAACCUGCACCUGUUCAUCGCAUUUCAUCAAAUUCUUUUCAGAUUUUUGCUCAAUAUGUAUUUACAAUAUGUUCUCGACCAUACCCUUCUUUUCUAUGGCCUUGAUUCGCCCUAUUAUAUUGAAGAACUACCCCAAAUUAGCCUCUCAUCAUGAACGAAGGGCACUUUGACAAGGAAACCUUCCCUACCUACUACUUACACUUAUUUAUCGUUUCCGGCUUGAUCUAUGUGGUCCGGAUGGGCAGGGGUGAGAGGUACAUGAGAUGCGCCUCACUAUCACGGCUACUCUCAGUGCCCUUCUCGAACCGAUCAAGGAUCCCUCCAUGCCGAUACCCCACCCCAUCCAGAAUUGAAGGUUGUCAAUUCUAGUACACAAGAUUGCGUGUUCUUAUCAGUAUAUCUAACUGGCACCCAUCCGUUUCUUUUCCAU